AUGCGCGAGCCAGUCCCAGGCUGCUUGGUCACGCUACUAUUUCCAUUCCUUGGCCCUAUCUUUGAGGUAUUAAAUACCUCACAUUUUUAAAAAGUGUCACUAAUUUUUUUCACAAAAUCUAUGAAAUGGAUGAAAUAAUGUCACCUCAAAGAUAUACAAAAGAUAAAAGCUGUGGAUGUUCUUCAGCUGAUGACUAGCUCCCAGAAUUUCAAAGAAAAGGAUGGUCAUAAAUGCUUAUCUGCUAUGGAGCUGUGCACCAAUGUUACCUUGUUUGUGGCUGGCUACGAAAGCACCAGCAGGGCUUUUUCCUUCCUUAUAUAUGUAUUUGCCACUCCCCAUGAUGUCCAGUAGAUACUGCAGGAGGAUAUUGAUGUAACUUUCCCAAAUAAGAUACUACCUUCCUAUGAUGCCCUGGUGCAGAUGGAGUACCUUGACAUGGUGGUGAAUGAAUCUCUCAGAUUAUUCCCAGUUGCUGGUAGACUUGAGCGACUCUGUAAGAAAGAUGUGGAGAUCAAGGGGGUGCUCAUUCCCAAGGGGACAGUGGUGAUGGUGCCCAUCUUUGUUCUUCAUCAAGACCCAGAGCUCUGGCCAGAACCUGAGGAGUUCCGCCCUGAAAGGUUCAGUAAGAAGAAUAAGGAUGGCAUAAAUACAUACACAUAUCUGUCUUUUGGAGCCAGACCCUGAAACUUCACUGAAAUGAGGUUCACUCUCCUGAACUUGAAACUUGUUAUUAUCAAAGUCCUGCAGAACUUCUCCUUCAAACCUUGUAAAGAAACACAGAUCAGACAGAUAACUUUCUGGAUACUUAUUCAACCACAAAAGCCUAUUGUUCUAAAGGUUGAGUUGAGAGAUGGAACCUUGAGUGGCGCCUGACUUUCCCUAAAGAUU